AAAAGGGUCACUUCCAUUGCCAUUCAAUACAAGUUGAAAUCUCAAACCUAAAAAAAAAAAGAACUUUUCUUUUCUCUCUCAAAACAAACCAAAAAAAUAAAAAUAAAUCUUAGUUCUUCACUAUUCUACAUCAAAGCAAAGCAAAGGUAUGCAUCCACAAAGUUUCAUGAACCCGGUUCACUUCCAAAGCAACUCAGAAAUGUUACCAUGGUCAAUUCCACCGGUUCAACCAUUUAUGAACCCGGUUCACCACCAUGAUCAGUCAUUUCUCCUCCCUCCAUCACCAUCGGCUUACGGUUUAUUUAAUCGUAACACUAACACAGAUCAACAACACCUCCGGUUCAUCUCAGAUAGUUUAGUAGGUCAAGUGGUUCAUCAUCAUCAUCAUCAUAAUCAACCCGGCUCAAUAGCACCUUUUGGUUUACAAGCUGAGUUACAAAAAAUGAGUGCACAAGAAAUAAUGGAUGCUAAGGCAUUGGCUGCAUCUAAAAGCCAUAGUGAAGCUGAGAGAAGACGUAGAGAAAGAAUCAAUAAUCAUCUUGCUAAAUUGAGAAGCCUUCUUCCUAAUACUACUAAAACAGACAAAGCUUCAUUGCUAGCAGAAGUGAUACAACAUGUGAAAGAGUUAAAAAGACAAACAUCCUUAAUAUCAGAGACAAGUCUUGUCCCAACUGAAAUUGAUGAAUUAACAGUUGAUAAUGCAACAUCUGAUGAAGAUGGUAAGUUUAUAAUAAAGGCCUCUUUGUGUUGUGAAGAUAGAUCUGAUCUUUUGCCUGAUUUAAUCAAGACAUUGAAAGCACUAAGGUUAAAAACAUUAAAAGCUGAAAUUACAACACUUGGUGGACGUGUUAGAAAUGUGUUGUUUAUAACUGGAGACGAUUAUUAUUGUAAUAAUAAUAAUAAUCGAGAGGUAGAUACGUGUAUAAGUGGAGACGAUGAAGAUACUGAGAUGAUGCAGCAACAACAACAACAACAACCACAGUAUUGUAUAAGUUCAAUACAAGAAGCACUUAAAGCUGUGAUGGAGAAAUCAAGUGGUGAUGAUUCUGCUUCUACAAGUGUUAAGAGACAAAGAACUAACAAUAUCAACAUCCUUUCUUAAAUUACUUCUUUUCCCUUUUUAUGUGUGUUUGUUUUUGUUUUUUUUUGGGGUGUGUGGUUUUUGUUUUUUGUCCAUCUUAUUUGGGCAGUAUAAUGUAGAGAGUUGGUGGUGUCUAGGGUUUUGGGUUAAUUGUAUGAUGUGUGAGUUGCAUAUUGGAAAACCCUAUCAUAGAUAAAACUCGAAAUUCAGGUAUUUAAGUGGAGAAGUAUCUAUAGAGGGUCAAAUUUAGUAUCGGUGUAUUUUGAUAUAGGGUGUUAUUUGACUCUUGGAGGUUUGAUUUCUCGAUUAUUAUAAAAAAAAAUAUAAUAUGUUAGGGUUGGUGCAUAGUGGUUUUCUUUUUGUGUUGUGUCCAAAAAGUGUUUGAUUUCCUCGUGUCAUGUUUAUCAAAAGUCUGGUAUUUGAAUGAAGAAAUGUCGAGAGUGAAUUCUGCAUUCCUUAUUUUUGAGUCGUGCAUUAUUGACUGUCGGGGAUUUCUGAAUUAUAAAAAAAAUGUAGAGGCAUUGUUUUUUGGGUGGUGGUGGGUGGGGGGGGGGGUCCAAAAGUGUCUUAAUCAAUUGGCUCAUGUCUAUGUCAUGUCCAUCAAGAGUUGAUCAACUCAAACAAGAAAACCCUUGAGAAAGAAAAAUUGAAGAGAAGGAUCUUUUUAGUGAAGAGAGAAACAUUAUAAGAAUAGAAAUAUGGUGAAGUAUUUUGAUUACAUGCUCUUUGUCUCUCUUUUGUUUUUUAGUGUGAAAUUUCCUUGUCAACUUCUCUUUCUUUGUCACAAUUUAUGCAUGCUCACAAUAUGCUUAUUCUAUCAUUUUAUGGAGGAAAAAAAAAUAGAAUUAUGGGGUGUCUUUUUUAAAAAAUCUUUUUUCUUGUGGGAAAGGGAAGAAUCAUUGUAAAUAUAUUUAUUUACUAGUGUUUGUUGUGACUCAUAUAUGUAUUUGCCUUGUACUUUUCUUCUCAAGGCAUAAUACUAUAUAUCAUUUUGCUCUUCUUCUUUUUUUCAAGUCUAAGUAUCUUGUGGGUGAUGGUGUUUUUUUUUCCUUUUCAUUUUGGGGUGUUUAUUUCAAUAUUCUAUGUAAUAAGGGGAUGGCAAGAUUAUCAAUGAAAUUAUUAUAUAUAUAUCUUAUAUAUUA